AUGAAAAGUAGACGAAAUUGUGAUGGCAAAGACAGAACCAGUGCUUUAACUGAUUGUCUUUCACUUCAAAGAAGAAGACACGGUGAUGGUAAAGACAGAAUCAGUGCUUUACCUGAUUUUUUUAAUGAACGGAACCCUUGUGAAGAAAACCUCUUCAUAUCAAGUGUGUCACUUGUUAAUUUAACAAUAUCAUUGUCUAGCCACCCUCACAAAUUCAAGUUAUCUACCCCAAAUCUUUGUAGCUUUGAUUUCUUCGGUGAUCCCUUACAAAAUCUACGUGGCCGCAAUAGCAAUAGCAAUAACAAUACCAAUUUCUCUUCUAUUAAACACGUAAAGAUUAGUGUACCAUUUUCAACUGCUGGCGAAGAAUUUCCUUCGAUUCUAUUCAAUUGGCUAGUUGAGCUUGCCCUUAUGGAAUCAUUGACAAUCUCUUUAAAGACUCUUCAGAUUCUCAACUUAAUUCCUGAAUCAUGGAAGAUUGAUUUCCAUUAUUUACAUAACUUGAAGUUACUGAAAAUAGACGCAAGUCAAUAUCAUCUUUCAUCCUUGCCGGAUGGAAUAGGAGACUUUUUGCUUCAAAAUGCACCGUCAGCUAAAAAAGUCAUCAAAUGUUUGCCAAGGUAA